UUAUUUUCAUAACAUUCUCAGGUUCCAGGCAACCCUGAAGACGACUCCUUCUUUGCUGAAUUCUCCAAGUCAUGUAAGAGUCCCCUGUCACGAAGAUUGAUCCAGUUCAUGUAUGAAGCUGACGCCAGCUGCGAUCUGUUCGAGCACUGCAAAGUGGACUGUUUGUUGGAGCUGAUGUUCUUAGCAACCCUUCCAGAAUUUGGACGCAGAGGCAUCGGUUUCACGAUUUGUGAAGUGACGACGGAAGUUGCCAGAAGGUUGUAUCUCGGAGAAAACGUCAAGGAGUCCCUCGAUGGGACAGAGCUGAAGUUAGAGCCAGUGCCAAAACUGGUAGCUGCGCUGUUUACUGCGCCUCAGUCGCAGGCGAUUGGCAGGUCAGCGAGGUGGGAGCUUGCAGCUACGGUAUUCUUCAAGGAUCUCUUUUUCGAUGGAAAGUCGUUUGCUAGUGUUCUGGAAGAAACAAACCGAACCUCAGAAGUGCGAUUCAAAAGGCUCCGGUGAAAGGUUUUCGUUUCACAUGAAAUGCUUCGAAACUGUUGUUUUUGUUACGAUUUUCAUCGAAAUUGUAAAGACAGACUUUCAAAUUGCUUACUGUUAAUUGCUGCUUCUAACAAUCCUAACGAAAUAAAACUAUUCUUUCAGAUGACA